CAUCUAUUUAUUUAUUUCUUACUAAUAUUCAAAAUCAUCUUCCUUAAACUAGUACUUAAUUUACCCUCAAUUAGAUUACACUUAAAUUUUUCCGGAAAAAUUCUCAAGAAAGGAAAUCUACAGAAAAAUAAUGGCUGACGAAUUGGAUAAUUACUACGAAACAAUUUUAGAAUUAACAAAACAAGCUGGAAAGUUAGUUCGAGAUCGUUUAACAAAUAAAAAAAAUGUCGAAGAAAAAGAUGCCGAUAUCGAUUUAGUUACCGAAACUGACAAAGAAGUUGAAGAACUAUUAAUAAAAAGUUUAGCAAAAAAAUAUCCUAGUCAUAAAUUUAUUGGCGAAGAAACAGCAGCAAGUGGUAAAAAACAAGAAUUAACUGCCGAUCCAACAUGGAUUAUUGAUCCUGUAGAUGGAACAAUGAAUUUUGUUCAUGGAUUUCCACAUUGUUGUAUUUGUAUUGGAUUGUAUAUAAAUUUUGAACCUGAAAUUGGUAUUAUUUAUAAUCCAUCGUUAGAACAAUUAUUUACAUCUCGUAAGGGUAAAGGGGCUUAUUUGAAUGGAAAACGGAUUUCUGUUUCGGGACAAACAGAAUUGAACAAAGCAUUGAUAAUGGUUGAAAGUGGAACCAGCCGUGAUGAAGAGAAAAUGCGUGUUUUUAAGGCGAAUCAAGAUAAAUUAAUUCCAUUAAUUCAUGGAUAUAGAACUUUAGGUUCAGCUGGUUUGGAUAUGGCUAUGGUGGCUCUAGGAUGUGCCGAUGCAUACUUUGAAUUUGGACCACAUGCAUGGGAUUUUGCAGCGGGUACGCUUUUAAUACGUGAAGCUGGAGGUGUUGUGAUUGAUCCAAGUGGUGGACCUUUCGAUGUACUAUCUAGACGAUGUCUGGCAGCAAGUAGUCAAGAAUUAGCUGAUGCAAUAAUUAAAGAAAUUGUUCAACUAUAUCCAAAACCAAGAGAUGAUGAAUAAAUUAUUGUGCCAUUCCAUAA